UAUAAGCUAUUCGAGAUUAACAAAAACUAUUAGUUUACUGCUAAGUCACACAGUUUUCGCAUUUGUCAAAAUGUUCAAAACUUUUUUAAUUUUAGGUGUCGUGAGUUGUCUUGUAGUAUGUAUUCAAUGUGAGAGUGUAAAUGCAUGUCCAGAUGAACUAUCUCCGGGACACUUACGUUGUGACGACACAAUCUCAACUGGUUUCAAUGAUCCGAUUCAUACACGCUGCCCUCCCAGUGGUUUCUUUACAUCAAAAAUUACGUGUGUACUGGUAACAGACCUUUAUAGAGGCACUAGUAAACCUGUAAUUAAUGGAGGAGUUGGAUUUGCUUAUGUAGAAGUUGAUAUUGAUUCUGAUUUAUUAACAAAAUUAUCCUACGAAAUUCAAGUUUACACUCAACUAGCACCCCCCUAAGUUAAUAGUUAAAAUAUGUUUACAACGCAUUUUAUUUACUGAACAUGAUAUUAUUUGUCGAUAUUAAAAAAGUUUAACAAUU